UUCAAAUUUUGACAAUUGUCAUAACAUUAAAUAUUUCAUUAAAAAUUCAUCGUCCAAAAAAAACCUAAAAAAAUUUCUAGUUGAACACAAGUACCAAACAACCUCUAUACACUUCCAAAUCAUACAAAAUCGAUACCCAAAAUUGAUUACAAAUUAAACAACACUCUCCGACCAAUGUCUGAAACCCAAACCCCUUCGGAAUGUCCCACGUGCUGGCCGGUCCCCUGGCGUCAGUACGCCACGAAGUGCAUCUGCAAGCCGCAGUGUCCGACGGCUUGUCCUAUACCCAUAGAAGAGCCCUGCGGGAUGGAAGAGAAGCCGUCCAACGCCAUAUCGCAGAUGGCCUACCCGCCCAGGUGCACCACCCCGAUGUCGCAGUACAAGCCGCCGCCGCAGUUCAGCGAACCUCCUAACCAGAACACGCCGCCGUCGUACGAACCGACCUUCCGGCCGCCGCAGUGCUUCGACCAGCAGCAGUGCCAGUUCGACCAGUUCGACCAGCAGCAGGACUCCGACUGUCCGGACACCUCGAAUUACGGCGCGUCAGGGCAAUGUCAACAGCCACCGAUGUCGCAGAACGAGCCGCCUCCGGUUAUGUGCUACAUGCCCCGCGGGCCCCAGAAUUGUUAGAAUCGACCUCCGCUUACCGCAGGAUAUUUUAGAAGGAAGAAACAAAGCUACAUGAAUUAAUGGAUUUACUCUUAUUCGUAUACUUACUUUGAUUUUUGUAUGAUUUAAACAUUCGGAAUAAACUUAACUCAACGGAAA